GCCGCUGACCUCAUGUCCGCCCGCAGCCUGUCGCGCUUCCUGCCUUGCUGAGGGAGGGGACGGUGCUGACGGCUGGGAGGACGAAAGGAGAAAGAAAGCUUCGGGACGAUAAAAGAGAGAGGGGAACGGCCCGGGUUUCCACCGUCCGUCGGGAGAUAAACACCCCGGUUUUCUGUAGCUGCUGGAUUUGCCACCGAAUCGGCGCUGAAAAUGUCGACCAGUCGUCAGCUUAGCGAGAGCAGGGCCAUCCCGACCAGGACGGUGUUGAUCAACGACACAACGCAGCUACCUCAUGACUAUUGUACCACCCCCGGAGGCACUUUAUUCUCUACCACUCCUGGAGGAACCCGGAUCAUCUAUGACCGCAAGUUCCUACUGGACAGGCGUAACUCUCCCAUUGCCCAGACUCCCCCAGCUCACCUGCCUGUCAUCCCCGGAGUGACCAGCCAAAAUGUCCUGAGUGAGAACCAGAAGAACGAAGCCAAAAACCACAUCAACAACCAUGAUGGCAAGCCCACAACCGGUGAUGAUGCCCAGUUUGAAAUGGACAUCUAACCGACUGGAAUCACACCAGCAAAAGCAAAUGACCUGGCAUCACACGUGUCAGUGGCUUGGCUUGUAGAAAAACCAAUGUUGUGAGCCCUCAUGGCAGCCAUCUUCUUUAGCUCUCUGUCUCGCUGCUGGAUGUAAUGUGUGUAAACCAUGGGGAUGCAGUAUAUCAUACAUACAGGUACAUUGUGGCCAACUCUGGAAGCUAGGUUUAUUUGAAUAGAUGUCCAUGGUUAACAGUUACUGUACAAAAAUCAACAACCGCACGACAAGGAAGCGGGCAUGAAUAUUAUAUACUCAGACCCAUUGUCCAAUUAGUAGAUUGCAGUGCUCAUUUUACAGUUGUCUGAGUCAGGAUCCUUAACAGAGCACACUUUAAAACUGAUAAUACUAAUAAAAGUUAAUUGGGGGAGGAAGUGGUCAUCUUUGGCCUUUGAAUCAGUCAAAAGCUUUGAUAUUCAUCACACUCUUUGGUUUUGAAAGCCGUUGUAAGCAUGUUAUUUAAGUGAUGUUUUUAAUUUUCUUUUUGGUUUUUGGAACUACUUGAAAAGAUCCACAAUCUAUUAUCGGUUGUUUGGUCAGUUUAGCUUCCCCUUUUGCUAUGUAAAGGGAUGCUGUGUUUUUAGUUUCCAAUUAAGUGAAGAUUUCAUGCCAUUCCAAGAUUUUAGUUUCCAUUAUCAACACAAUCCAGUGUGAGUUUUCAAUAUUCAGGGGAAAACAUUUUUUUUUAAUAUAAAUUAAUCUUAGGCCGUGAUUUAAUUGUUUUGUAAUCAAUAAAUGAUUGUAUUUCCCACUGUUAUAUAAAGAUAAUUGUAAAUCCGGCAACUGAAAACGAAAAUUUAAAAUUAAAUUUCAGUAUAGUAAUAAUAUUAGGCCACUUGGUUUAUCACUAUCGUGAUCUUGCUACCAAUUUUAUUUACACAUUUCUCUUCUGCCACGACAAGUGAAUACACCAUCAAAGCUUACUUUGACUUAGCUGGUUUGUUGUGUUGGCAAGAGCUUUGUGUUCGUAAUUUGAUAAAUCUAAGAACAGAGGUGAUACUUGGCAACAUCUGUCAGGUGUUUUUGAAUAUCCAGACUAGAUAAAAAUUUAGAACAAUGUGGAAAUGAAUAAAAUGCCAGUGUUCAUUUUUUUGGGUGAAAUACAAGAAGAUUUUUGAAAAACUUGAAAUAAUCCAGAUGUUUUAUAUGCAUUUUAUUUUUUAAUACAGUUUCUUAGUAUUGAGGGUAUUUGUUUGAAAGUAAGCACAGUCAAGCCUUUGGAUUUGUCAGACAUGUCAAGGAACCAGAAAACAUAGUUUGCAUCAAGCUUGAUAGAUGCUUUCCCUUAAUCUACAAAUCUAUCCUCAGUGUCCUUAAUCCAUUUUACAUUACCUUAUACUUUUCAUGUGUCACGUCUACCCAUGCCUUACUUUACAUGAAAUGCAGUAACUAAAACCAGGUUCCUUGUCAUCAAUUUGUACUUUCCAACAGAAGUUUAUUUUUUCACUGUAACAUUGAACAGGUAACAUUGUACUUAGCAAUUGAGCAAAACAAAUACUUUUUUAUGUUUUUUUUUUUUUUUUUUCUACAUACUUUCCUUCCUCAAGCAGCUGUGAAGUUUGAAAGUGUGAAGGCAUGCACGUUAUUUUGGGAUUCUGAAGUCCACAUAGUGUGGUGGUGAAAAUAGUGCCACAUACAUGCUCAUUUAGUCCCCCCUUUUUUUUCCCUUUUUUUUUUUUUAACACCAGUCACCAUAGUCCUGUCUGCUAAUUGUACUCUGUCCAAGUAGCAGCUCUGAACUUGGCAAAUAAAUCACCAUGAAGUUUGUGUUUUUCAUCCAAAAUUCAUUCAUUCAAGUUUGUUUCUCUGUAUGACUGGAACCAACGAAUGACUGAAAUUAUAUCUGUCAAAAGAUUUUAUUUUAUGUUUUUCUUUAUGGCUUUGUAAUUAACUCUGGCCAUGUUUGGUGACAUCUACAUUAAGGGGUCGCUUGAACCCAAUUUGCAUUGCACAUUUUUGGUGAUAAAACUCUUUAUAUUACAGCAUCAUAAUCCAGAUUGCCGAUUUAUAUCAAAAAAGUUUGGUUUGACAGUGAGGGCUUAACAUUGUGUGUUGAACGAGAUGUGAAACGAACUUACUGUAACUUUCUGUUCUGGUUUUAAACAACUUUAUUUCAAUUGAAACUCCAAAGGCAGUGGACACUUUUGCUGCAAGAUCAAUAAAGUUCCGUAACAAAGAAAA